AUGGUAUCCCAAAGCAAUGUUCCAAUAAAACAAGAGUUCCUAAAGUCUGCGACAGAGCUUCAUGAAGCUGGGAUCAAAUUCAAGAAGGUCGAGGAAGGGAGUUUGUUCAACAUAAAGUUUGUAAAUGGGACAAUUGAAAUUCCAACUUUAAAAGUUGACGACGAUACAGAGUCUUUUCUUAGAAAUUUACUUGCAUACGAGAAUUACCUUCCUGUUCAUGAUACUUCAAGGAAUUAUUUCACUGUGUAUAUGAAGUUCAUGGAUUUCCUCGUGAACUCCUCAAAAGAUGUCGAAAUACUGAGUCACAAAGGAAUUAUUCAUAACCUUUUAGGUGACAAUGCGGUGGUUUCCACUAUGUUGAGCAAGCUCGGCAACAAUGUCGUGAUACCUUUUUUGGGUUACCAUGAAGUUUAUUACAAUGUGAACAAGCAUUCCAGGAAGAGUUGGAACAUAUGGUUGGCGACCUUAAGACGGGAAUAUUUCAACACUCCAUGGACACUCAUCUCGUUUCUUGCUGCUCUUUUGUUGCUUGUACUCACUGUGGUACAACCUAUAUUUUCUAGUCCUUUUGUCUAA